AUGGAAGUGGGAAGGUUACCGCUGUCAGCUUCGCAGAGAGGGAAGCUCAUAUCAGCGGGCUACACUACUCUAGCUUCGCUCUCUCGUCUCUCUCCCUCCCACCUUGCUCGUGAUUUAAAAGUUCCAGAGGCUGAAGCUUAUGAAAUUCUCAGAGUUGCAUCACUUGGUAGUGGGUUGGAACAACCGGAUAAACAUACGGCUCUUGUCAAUGGUGGACAAACUGCUUGGGAAAUUCUCAAUGAGGAGAAGUUGUUACCACGCAUUACUACAUCAUGUGCUGAUCUAGACUAUAUUCUCGGUGGGGGAAUUAAUUGUAAAGAAGUUACUGAAAUCGGUGGAGUUCCGGGCAUUGGUAAAACACAGCUGGGGAUUCAACUUGCUGUGAAUGUGCAAAGGCCUAUUGGUUAUGGUGGCCUAGGGGGAAAAGCAGUGUAUAUUGAUACCGAAGGGAGCUUUAUGGUGGAGCGGGCUCUACAAAUUGCUGAAGCUUCUGUAGUAAACAUGUCAUGUAACAGUGAACUUACGCGGAAGGAAUCCGAAGCUUCCCAAGUUGAAAGACAUCCUACUGAUAUCCUGGAAAAGAUAUAUUAUUUUCGCAUUUGCACUUCGACAGAGCAAAUUGCCCUGAUAAAUUACUUAGACCAAUUCAUCUCGGAGCAUAAAGAUGUAAAGAUUGUCAUCAUUGACAGCAUUACUUUUCACUUUCGCCAAGAUUUUGAGGACUUUGCUCUCAGGAAUCGAUUACUUGGUGGAAUGGCCUUAAAGUUGAUGAACCUUGGGAAAAAGUAUACUCUAGCGGUUGUCAUAUUCAAUCAAGUAACCACCAAGUGUACAGAAGGUUCAUUCCAAUUGAGUCUAGCAUUAGGUGAUAGCUGGUCACAUUCUUGCACAAAUCGAAUCAUAUUGUAUUGGAACGGUGAUGAACGGAAUGCAUACAUAGACAAGUCACCUUCUCUACGAUCAGCAUCAGCCUCAUUUUGUGUAACCAGUGAAGGGAUUACAAAUUCUGCUUCAAACCACAAACGAAUCAGAGUGAUGUGA